GCCUGCAGGCGGCGGCCCCGGAAGUUCAGAGGUCGAUAGUCAACAGUGUUGUCGGCGUCAUGGCGGAUCUGAACCGACAACUCAAGGAGUACCUGGUCCAGUCCAAAGCCGGGUCCGGCUCUGCGUCCCAGUCCACCACCGUGGAGAUGGAGGAGCCGGCCUCGGUCCCCGGCAGCUGGUUCGGCCGCUGGUCCAGCAGCCCGUCCAGCACCAGCACCAGCGGCUCCGGCGGGUUCUCGUGGCCGUGGGCGGCCGAGCCGGACCCGUGCCUGCCGGGGCUGGGUCGGGGCCAGCGUCUGGCGGCCAGCGCCGGCUUCGCGCUGCUGUCGCUGCUCAGCUUCCUGCUGGCGGCCGUGUACGCGCCGCUGCUGCUGCUGCACGCCCGCAAGUUCGCGCUGCUCUGGUCGCUGGGCUCGCUGUUCGCCCUGGCGGCCGCGGCGGUGCUGCGGGGCCCGGCCCGGCUGGCCGCGGGGCUGGCCGGCUCCCCCGGGGCCGCCGUGUACCUGUGCGCGCUGGGCGGGACGCUGUACGCGGCGCUGAGCCUCCGCAGCACCGUCCUGACGGCGCUGGGCGCCGCCGUGCAGGUGGCCGCCAUCGCCGGGUACGUGCUGACGCUGCUGCCCGGGGGCAGCGCCGGGGUCCGCCUGCUGGGGGGGGCGGCGGCGGCCGCGCUCAAGAGGACCGUGGCCGGGAAGACCAUGCCCAUCUGACCCCGGGAGGUCCGAGCCGGGGCCAAGGAACUGUGAAUGAACUGAUUUAUGCUCCAAGUUAAAUCGACGCAGAGCCUGCGGCGUAGGGUACGCAACCACUAGAAACUGAAUUUGAAUAAUUUAUAUUUGAAUUGCACAACUUGAAUAAUUGCAUUAAAAAACUGAAUCGGAAUCACAUAAUUUGAAUUUGUAUUGUUUAAUUUGAAUCAUUGCAUUGAAAAACUGAAUCUACAUUCAGUUCUCACAAUUCAAAUUCAGUUCUUGCAAUUCAAUUUCACUGUGCCAGACAUCCGGAGGAAGAGCAAUCGAGUGCAGAUACAAAUAACUCCUUUUCACGUAGCCUACUUCUACAAAACGGCAAGAUAUAAAUACGCUUUUUACACAGAAUGGAGAAAACACAAUAGGUUUUGAAAUAUCUAACUCUCAUUGGUGGUUUAUAUCGUUGAAAGAAAAUAAAGGUUAUAGUAGGCUACGUGAAAAGGAGUUCUUUGUAUCUGCACUCGAUUGCUCUUCCUCCGGAAAACCCGGAUGUCUGGCACAGUGAAAUUGAAGUUGAAUUGCAAGAACUGAAUUUGAAUUGCGAGAACUGAAUGUAGAUUCAGUUUUUCAAUGCAAUGAUUCAAAUUAAACAAUAUAAAAUUCAAAUUAUGUGAUUCAGAUUCAGUUUUUUAAUGCAAUUAUUCAAGUUGAGCAAUUCAAAUUCAGUUUCUAGUGGCACAUAUUUCUGCCCACAGAGGUCGCUCCUCUGCAGACUGCUGCUGCGGGACAGUAACCGAUGCUGCUGAGUGACACCCAAACCCUGACCAGGACCUGCAGGAAAUACAUUGUUUCUAGAGGGGGCCCCACUUUUGUGAAGGGGACUUAACUCUCCAAGAUGAUCUGUGGUGAUGGGUCCUUGAAGAAAACAAGUCAGAUCCAUCGAUCUGAAGCUCAAACUCCAUCAAUGAACCCAGUCUGGUGCAGACGCAAAGGUGUUUUGAUUCUUCGGGAUGGAAGGUGUUCAAAUCCAGGGGGUGUUAUGGCCACUUGGGCCAUUUGAGGACGAAAAUUGUAUUUUUUCCCCAAGAAAAACUUUAAUUUUUUACUUUGUAAACACACAAACUUGCAAAAGAAAAACAACUUGUGUACAUUUAUUUGUUGUGUUUCCUCUGAACGUUGGUCGGCUGAAUUUCCAGGUGAUGAAGAGGGAGCAACAGUUGUAGAGAGUGAAGAUGUUUCCGUACAUUUCUACAUUUGUAACUUACCGGACAAGAAAUAAAGACUUUAUAUGUGAUUCUCA